AGGAAAAUCACGUCCGAUCUAUGGAUGAUUCGUAGGUACACGCGAUUCCGUCACGGCGCACGCAACGCGUUACAACUUUCCACGCCAGCUGGAAAGCACGCACCGAUUCGAACGGCGGUUCUGUUUUCGUAGCAAGUAAUAGUGAAGUCGAUUCACGGAAUAAGAAGGGUCAGUCGAAGCCUACUUUCUUCCUCUGAAUCGUCUCGAAGAGGGGAAACCACGUCGACUUAGCGCGUAGACCUUCAACAGAGAAGCUGGCCCCGUCUCCUCGUUGCGUUGGUCAGCCAGUUGUGUGCCAGUCUUACCUACCCAGUGAACGAAUCCUCAAGAUCAAUCCUGUGACAACUUUAUUCUUCGACCACGCGUUCUAUUGUUCCAUACAUAUAUGUAUAGUUCUACCGGAAGGUUUUAUUCGAUUGGUGAAAUUUUCUAAAGAGUUUUCAUCGAUAAUCGCUGCUUCUACACCAGAGCUGACCUGAUCGAUACGAGAAGAGUUUUCGUGUUUGGUGAACCGUGAACCCUUGGACAUCUACGCUUCGAACCGAAACGCGAACGUAAAUGAUCCCAUGGUCUGUCACGAUGCGGUCGGCACUAAUCAUGAAUUGUGUCCUUGCGAUGGGGUUGUUCACCUGUAUCGAUGCGAUCACCGUAUCGAUUGACCGAUCUGAUAAUAAACCGCCACCGACGCGAUCAUCGAUGAUCGCAAACGGAUGGCGGCCACUGACCAACGGCUACGAAGAAACAAUUGGCACAAACGUAUCGCCAUCGAGCGGUCUCGAGAGGAAUGGACCGUUACACCCGGUUCUAGGUAAACUGCAGGAACACAUGGCCACGUCGGAGAAGCUGAAACCGCAACGAAAGGGUAAACCGUCCUCCCAUCACGACUACAAUCCCCCAAGCAUACUAGGAAGCUUCACGAUGCUUCACGGUCAUUCGGCCUUGAAAGCACGCGGCGAGCUACCGAACCACAAUCAUGCGAAUAAACACGUCGCCUCGGAGACCCGAGACUACACCUUCCUGAUCCCACCUCCGAAAGACGCCUACCGUUUCGAAAUGGACCACCAUAGGAAGCCGAUUUUACGGGAUAACUCCGGAUACCUUCGUCAGCCACAAUUCGGACCCCCAACCGGUCAUCAACCACCCGACCCGAUAAAGGCGGCCACAUAUUUCAUCAAAAGUUACACCUCCACCACCAACAUGCCCUCCUCGCCAGUGUCAUCCCCGAAGAACAGACAUUACGCGGAUCCGUACGUUCCUCAGCUGCUCCAGCCUCCAAGGUACCAGGUGAAGCCAUUCGAAUCGCUGAAAGUGUCCAACAGCGCUAAGCCCUAUUUCCAACCCCCUGGUACCGCGCUGGCUCCAGACUUUGGAAAGGAUAAACGGCUUAGCGACUACGAGCACCGAGCCAACUACGAUAAAUUCCAACCGCCCUCCCAUAAUGAUCACCUGAUCAAUCCUGCGAGCAGCGGAAACUUUUUCAGCCAAGUGAACCACCCUCCUCACUCCUACAAAACUUCCUACGAGAGGGACCCAGCCUUCCUGGUGCACGAGAGCCACGAAAUCAGCUACAUCACACCUCCUUCCAUCUAUAAUGGAUUCAAUUUUAGACCCUCUUUGCCGUACGAGACCCUACUGCCGCCAGACGUCUACAGUUCCUCGACUCCAUCGCCCACCACCCCAAGGGAGUCAAACAAAUAUCAGCAAUCGGCUGAUCUCGGUCAAGGACACGAUUAUAAACGACCUGGACAUAACACCGCGACUAAACAGGUCGAUGAUAAUGGAGGACACGGUGAGAUUUUGCCCACCGCAGGGAUUGGGAACACCUAUUACGUGUCGGAACAACAGGAUCUAACCCCGCCACCUCCAUCUUGGCCCGCGCCAAAGAAUAAAUACACCUCAGACAUCAACGAGGUUCUACCAAGAGUCAAUCCUCCUUCGAAAUUCAAUCAGGAACCCAUCGGAUCCAAUCAGAUCCCUCAAGUUCCUAAAGUAGUGUACAUCAAACCUCAGGCCCAAGCUCCUCAGUAUUCAGGCUCUGUCCUACCGAUUGAUAUUCGGCCAGAGAACAGCGAACCGGAGUACGAGACACCAGAGAGUAUAUCUCUGAAACACUUCAACGAGCAACAGUAUCUUCUUCAGCAACAACUGUUGCAAAGAGAUAGACAGAGGCUGGCUGAACAGGAGAGGCAACAACAGUUGGAGAUUGAGAAACAGCAACAGGAGGAAUUGAAGAAGAGGCAGGAAGAGCUGAGGCAGCUGUUGGAAGAACAAAAGGAAGAGGACGAGGCUAGAUUGGCUGUCGAAUCGGCGAAGAAUCAAUCGCAGCAACUGGCUAAAGUGACGGAGGAACAGGGUCCUUAUUCGAUCCAGCUGACGGAAUACGAAAUCCCGAAGGUAACCACCAUUCCAACCGCGGUGAUUACCGAGCAGACCGGUCUUGGAAAACUGCCAAAGGUUCAACAGUCUCAGGUAACUCAACCCAGCUACACCAUCUCGGAGAGUCCUGCGGUGCCGAGUCAGCAGUAUCAAGAUCAAUUAAGAAAUCAACCAGAACAAGUCAAUUAUCGAGAGCCUCAAAUUGAUUUACGACCUCACAGGCCGCUGAAACCGUCACGCGAUCAAUAUAGGCGAAGAAAGCCAAGCACCUCGGCAUACGAGCCUGUACCAACAGAAGCUCCCGCCCAGCUUCCGGAAACCUCGCUGCCUAUAACGUUGCACGCCGAAGAAGUACCCAUUCAGACUACUGGCACCUUUGAAAUCACCACCCUGCCGUCGGUAGUGACACAGAAGCCGAGAACCCGGAGACCGGGUGCGCCUCUGCGUCGAAGACGACCAACCACCACCACCACCACCACCACCCCAGAGCCAGUCACCGCAGCAGAAGACUAUCUCAAGUACGACAGACCCGAAGAGGUGAAACACCAUCUGGACCCAUCUCGGAGAAGACGAAUCAAGCCUACCCAGGCCACCUACGACGAGUCGGUGACCGAGAAGAAGGCUAACAUAAGAAAGAGACCUGGGCACAGGAACAGGGUGAAUCCAGGAGAGCCCUUCGAGGCUGAGAUCGUCACAGAGAUCGUUCAUACACCGGUGAACACCUACAAAAGCGAAACUGAAUCUCUCCAGAGCUACACCGACUACAAUCAGUUCGUAACGAACCAGCCUAAUGGUCAGCAAUUUGAUUACACCUCGCAAAAGUUUCUCCAGGUUGAUGAGCAAGCAGAAGACACCACCCAGCCCAUACCAGUAGAGUACUACACGGAAUCUACCAGGACGAACGUGGAAGACGUUCUAAACAACGAGAAUUAUAAUGAAAAUAGCGGUCCGGUGACCAACAUCCCCCUUGAAAACUUAUUUGUUAGAACAGAAGGCAAUUACUAUGAUAGAGCGACGGCGGUGUCAUCCACCAGCGCCGGUGUCAGUUCCAUCUCCAGCGUGACUACAACACCAUCCACUACCACAUCCACCGAACAAUCCACGACCGAGGCGCCUCAGAUAAGCACCUCCACCAUCCGAUCGCACAAGAUCAGACCAAUGAGAUACGGAAACACAACCAGGCCGCGGUUCAGCAUUAAAGACUACAAGAGUCGGUUGGACUACAAGAGCAGAUUAUCCCAAACGUCCAGCACAGAAGCGUCAUCCACGCCUGCGCCGCACACUAAGCAGAGAGGAACCAGUAUUAAAUACCAGCAACAAAAUGGCGACACGAAUAGAGAAACUCCUGGAAGAUACAAAUACAUGUCCAGGAUGAACUACAGGUCAACUUCUCCUACACCAUUGAUAUCCAAAGAUCAAGAAACAGCAGUGGAAGAAGGUACCUCGUCCACUACAGAGAGGAGCAAUCGUUUCGUGCCCAAAAGAAGACCAGUUAACGCGAACGUGUACAGGAGUAGGAUAUCCGGUACGACUAGUAAUCCUAACAAGAACCAACAUCAGUACGAUAGUGAAAAUCAGAAACCGAGCACAGCUCGGCCAGAGAACGUGUUCUCCUCGUCGGUCAGACGGCGACCCACGAUGAAAAGCAGGUUACCCGCCCAAAAGGAGAGCUCGACCGUGGCGUACCACGCGAGAAAGGAAGCCGAAGCCACGGAAAUGGCCGCGGAAGAGACCAGUUUCUAUUCCGCCGUCACUACAAUGGCCAGCACCCGAGUGGCCGCUAACGAGAUCCCCGUUGAAAACGAGCAAACUGGCUCCACCGACGUUCCAGCCGUUGACGAAGACAAAAAUGGGGACGAAAGUGAAAUCAAGCCGAGUUUUCAUGCUGAAAAUGAACAUCCACCUGGCGAACCGGUUGCCAGCAGCACGGCCAAAACCGUGCAUGAGAAUCGGUUAAAGGAAACCGCGGUCACCGACCAAUAUUCCUCGACGAAAACGGAAGUGACUACCGUGUCGAACGAAAAUAAAGAAACUGCAAGCACGCUCGACGAAGAGGAAUUGUUUGCCAAAGCGUCUCAAAGCGUAGCGGAUCUGACCAGCUCCGCUUCGGCUUUGUAUGAUAAACCUGGCAUGUUCAAAGCAGUCUCUCCUGAGAGCAGAGUCGUGGCCAACCAUUUCAAGAUACCCACUGACGAGCCCACUUUACCUAUCGAAGCUUUCUUCCAGGAAUUAUCAAAGAAAAGCUAAGUUUCAUGGUGUAAACGAAUGGUUUGACGGUGAUUCGUGUUUUUGGCUUACCUGCAUGUCUGAAGCAGAAUCGACUCUUCAGAAAAAACAUGGGAUGUUCGAAAAGGGAAAUUAAAAGACAAUUGAAUUUUUGUAUCUUCUUUUUUUUCUUUCGAAAUACCUAAUUGAUUUUGGGGAUGUGGAUAAUUUUUUUUUUGAUAAUUUAAGGAAAGACGAAGGGAAUAGGUACCAAAAAAUCUUGGAAGAAGCAGGUCGUUUGAGUAACGAUUAAAAGAAAAGUAGGAUAAUUUUUCAAAGAAAAUGAAAUAAUACGUGCAAUAAUUGCUCUAUCCUGUGAUGAUGUUUCACCGUAAAAUUUGAACAGCUUUACAGGGAAUUUAAGAUACCAAAUGCAUACAUUCGAAUUAGGAUAUUAACGAUCCAAAUUAUCUUCAUGCUAUCCUAGUUGUACCUAAAUGAACUAAUUAAUUUAUUUGAAACGCGCCACGUACACUGAAUCGUUCGAUCGUAUACCAAGGCAUCCAUUAUUUUUCUAACAAUUGGUGCUAUGAAAUGGGGAAAAAAAAAUAAUGGAUGCUACGAGAUAUCUUUGUAAAUAUAAGUACUACUUUAGAGCGUUUAUCUUAUUCGAUUUCAAGCAGAUAAAUACUCGUGAUUAAUAUAAGAAAUAUUUUUAAGAAUGAAUAGAGAUCAUUGAACCUUUUCUAUCGAUGUCAAGUGUUUUCUACGAUUCUCAGAAACCCUUUUCUAAAAUUAAAUAAAAAUUGAUUUAACUAAAUCGAGAAUCGUAGAAAAUAUAUUUAUGUAUGUUGAUGUAUCCGUACGUGUAAGUAGUAAAAUAUCGAAUAAGCUCGGUGCAUCGUGUUAUUUAUAUUGAUUAAGCAAAUUCAUGUACACUGUAAAUAUAUAUAUACAUAAUAUAUAUAUACAAUAAAUAGUAUACAU